AUCAAUAAGCGGCAGGAUCCAGCGACGGAGACUAGCACCGAAUGCAGUAUCCGAUUCUUUUGUUUCCCUCACGCAAAAAUGGUUUCGUGAGUGUGAAGCACACUCGAUGUGCAGUUUAUCCACAAAAGCAUUCACACCUACGCGAUUACUUAAUGUUGGAGCUAGCAACCACUCUACAGUAAGACUGGAAACUAUGACAAACGAAUCCAACACGCGCUACGUUGCACUAAGCCAUUGCUGGGGUCCUCCGGAUCCACAAAAGCCUAUGUUGAAAACGGAACACUCAACCCUAUCCGAAAGAAUGGAAGACAUCCCGCUAUCUAUCAUGCCUAAGAAUUUCAAAGACGCUGUGGCCGUAACCCGUCUCCUAGGAAUCCACUAUCUUUGGAUAGAUUCCCUCUGCAUCAUCCAAGACUCCGUAGAAGACUGGCUACAUGAAGCGGCUCUAAUGUCUCAAGUCUAUCAGCAUGCCUAUGCAACACUCGCUGCUACGUCUACCAAAACAAGCCAUGACGGUUUUUUGGAACGGCCAUCAACCAGCGAAUUACGAGUUCCAUUCAAAUUUUCUGGUGUUAGCAUCACAAGCGGUUACAUUUACCUUCGACCGGCCGCGAAUAGGCAUGCAUGCAGCUACGAAUUUGAUGUUGAGUCGUCUACAUGGAACAACAGAGGCUGGACGCGACAAGAGAGAUUCCUUUCUCGUCGUUUAAUACACUUCUGCAAACACCAGGCCUACUUCGAAUGUAGAAACGUAUUGCAGGCUGAAGAUAACCACAAAGUCCAACAUUUGCCGACAGCCAAUGAGGGUUCUGGAACGGACAUAACAGACGACGGCAAUGACAUUGCUGACGAAGUUUUUGACCACUGGCACAAGAUCGUAGCUCUUUUCUCUACCCGACAACUAACAUACAGUACUGAUAAACUGCCUGCAAUUUCUGGUCUCGCCAAAAAUAUCGCCUCUGCUCGACUAUUGGGACGUUACUUUGCCGGAAUCUGGGAAGGAGAUCUGAUAUACGGAUUACUU